CAACCUCCUUGUCCCGUAGAAUCAUUGGUUCCUCAUCCCUUGCUGAAAAUCUCUACAAAUCGGUAAGCUCUUAUUCCUCCCAACUCCCAAAUCUAUUCCAUACAAUCAGUGGAAGAUGUCAUUGCUCAUUCUUGUAACCAGAGUUGAGGUUAGAUGCUGCCAAUUCGAUCGCUGUGGAAGAAUAAGAGGAUUAGAAGUGGAAUCGUUGUUGAUUUCUUGUUGAAUUCCUUCUUCGCUCACUGUAGUCAUAAAGUGAGAUGCAUGAGCACAGUGAUGAGCUUCGGUGACGGAAGCCAAGGGGCAUUGGGCUUGCCAACUUCAGAGAUGGGCCUUGGAUGCGAUGCCUAUGAACCCACCCUCGUACCUGGCCUCCCCUUUGGCAUUACCAGUGUCAUUGCUGGCCAUUAUCAUUCCCUUGCUCUAGAUUCUCACGGCCAACUUUGGGUGUGGGGACGUAACAAUGAGGGCCAGCUUGGUCGUGACCCCCUUGCCUCCAGAGAUACAUGGAAUGAACCAAAGAGAGUGGAAGGAUUGGAAAAGGUGAAUGUUUGUAAGGCGUGUGCAUCUGGUGUUAUAUCUGCAGCCAUCGGUGAUGAUGGGUCUGUCUGGGUUUGGGGGAAGUCCAAUCGAGGGCAGCUUGGCCUGGGAAAAGACAUAACAGAGGCUGUUACACCCAGUAAAAUUGAAGCAUUUUCAGGAGAAAAGAUUGUCAAGGUUUCAUUUGGUUGGGGGCAUGCUCUUGCUGAGACUGAGGAUGGAAAGUUGUUUGGGUGGGGUUAUUUUGCUGAUGGUAGGAUAGGAAAGGUUGGCGAUGUUUUGGGGGCAUCUCCACUUGAUUCAUAUGGAACUGUGCAAAGGAACAGCCAAGAGCUCUCAAGUUUAGUACAAGAUGUCACCGAGAAGCUUGUUUUAGAAAGAAUGGAGAAGGAGAAAUACAUGCCAAUUGUUUGGGAACCUCGUUUAGUUGAAGAAGGGAAAGGUGUUGAUAUCAUAGACAUUGCUUGUGGGCUUGAUCAUUCAUUGGUUCUUUGUGGUGAUGGCACUCUGUUAAGCUGUGGAAGCAAUGUGUAUGGCCAACUGGGCAGAGUAAGACAAGAUUUGGGAAUGUCACCAGUUGAUAUAGGCUUCCAUCCCAUUUCUAUAGCAUCAGGUCUUGGCCAUUCUUUGGCUAUUUGCCAGGUUUCAUCAUCAGAUGAUGGAGGAGGGAAAGGCAUCGUUACAUGGGGUUGGAACCAGAGUUCACAGUUAGGAAGGGCAGGACCGGAGAAUCUCCCUCUGGUGGUUGAGGGGUUGGCAGGGGAAACCCCCAUUUCCGUGUCAGGGGGGCGAGCACAUUCAAUUGCUCUGACAUCAAAAGGAGAGGUCUGGGUUUGGGGCUGUGGUAAGAAUGGCAGGCUUGGGUUGGGAAGCUCCAAUGAUGAAGUUGAACCAAUUCUGAUUGAUAGUUUAGAAGGGGUGGAAGUUUUACAAGCAGUAUCUGGCUUUGAUCACAAUCUAAUCCUGACAGCUGUGUGACUUAAACAGAGGGGCAAUGUGCUUUAAAGUAUCUCUCUUUUGGCUUUCCUGAUUGUUAUAUUUCGAAAUACACAUUUUUUGGAGUCGUGGUCCAAGGAGGAUCAUUCAAAACUUCAGACUUAGUGGCUUUGGCCUAAUGCUGCUUUUCAUGGCUUUCUUGAGGAUUGAAGAUCGCAGUAGCUAAGUCAAGAUCCCUUUUCCCUUUCCGGAUCUAAAUGAACCAGCCCCCAGGGUAUCCUAUAUUGUUUGUUUAAUUUGUAUUUUAGUUAGGAAAAAGUAUUAUACAGUUCGGAAGUACUAAACCGCACAACUAUAAUUAUUAGAUAACUUGUAUUUUAAUUAGGAAAAAGUAUUACACAAUUUGGAAGGGUUGAGCCGCGCAACUAUAAUU